UUCAGUGCGUAUCGACUGUGGCGUAUAUUUCCCAUCGAUUACUUUGGUCAUGAUGAGUUUACUAAUCGCCAUAUUGCAGAAGGGGAGAUUGUCAUGAAUUAAGCUUUACUAUUGAUUUGCUCCCCUUAGAUCUUAUAAAUCGGAUCACCAUGUCGGCGGGACCUUAUAACUAUUCUUACAUCUUUAAAUAUAUCAUCAUUGGUGAUAUGGGAGUUGGGAAAUCAUGCCUCCUCCACCAGUUUACAGAGAAGAAAUUUAUGGCAGAUUGUCCACACACAAUAGGUGUCGAGUUUGGUACCCGAAUUAUUGAGGUCGCAGGCCAGAAGAUUAAGUUACAGAUUUGGGAUACUGCUGGGCAGGAGCGGUUUAGAGCUGUCACCAGGUCUUACUAUCGAGGUGCCGCUGGAGCCUUGAUGGUGUAUGACAUCACGAGGCGGUCCACCUACAAUCAUCUUAGUUCAUGGCUGACAGAUGCUCGCAACCUCACCAACCCGAACACUGUCAUAUUCCUCAUCGGUAAUAAAGCUGAUUUAGAUGCGCAGAGAGAUGUAACCUAUGAAGAAGCAAAGCAGUUUGCUGAAGAAAAUGGACUAAUGUUUGUGGAAGCGAGUGCAAAAACUGGAGAGAAUGUGGAGGAAGCUUUUUUGGAGACUGCAAAGAAGAUUUACCAAAAUAUACAGGAUGGCAGUUUGGACUUGAAUGCAGCAGAAUCAGGUGUUCAGCAUAAGCCAACACAGCCAGGUAGAACUAACCUGAACAGUGAUUCACAGCCCAAUCGUGAUAACUGUUCCUGCUAAACUUCGCCCUCCAUAAAAAAAUCAUGGUGCGGUUUGCUUGAAGGAGGUGACAGACAGACUAGAAAACUGUGUGUUCUGCCUCUUUGUUUUGUAAGAUGUAAAUGGGAAUUUUGUCUUUUCUACAAGAAGUAAGGAAGGCUUCUACUCUGUUUUCAUAAUAAUGUGAGGCAGUUGGAGGUACUUCAUAUGAAAGAUUCAACAACAUAGAAUACCUAACCCAAAUUUAUGAUUGGCUCAAAAUUGCAGCGUAAAAGUUCACUUUCAAUUUUACUCUAAAGGCAGAUAAAGUCAGUGAGUGUCAAGAGCUCAAGUAAUUCUUAAGACAGCUAGAUUACUUCUUGCACAUUUCUGUAGAGCAAAGUUGCUUGUGCUCUUGAUGGAAAGAACUACAUUGUGAUAAUAAAAUCUGCCAGUGAUUACUCAGAAAAAUAAUUGAUAAUCCUAAACCCUCCCUCAUAAUAGAAUAUGAAUGUUUUGAAGAAUGGAAAUUUUGUGAUUGGAACUUGAAUGGAGCUUUUGUCAUUGGAAUUGCUCCCAAUUUGUGAUUUGAUUAUCUUCAUAGGAAGAUUGACAGGUGUUUUUAUCAGGAUACCAGAUUGUGGAAAAUGUGAUGUAGUAAUAUCUCAUUAAUUUUUAAGUACUGUCCGUGUAUUCCAGUGAUAGAAAUUUAUUGCUAGACAGAUAAUGAUAUAUCAGAAAAAAGACAGGUUUUAUAUACCAAAUAAAGAUACACUUCAGUCA